AAUUGUCUUUGAAUUUAGAACGCCCUCUGCCGCACACCACAAGAGAUCUUUGCUGAAAGAAGCCUGUGAAAGAAUCCUCUAGAGAGUAGGCAUAGAAUCUCCGGUACCAAAAUCUUUGCGUGAUAUUUCAAUCGUUUUUCCGAAGCAAAUACAUACAACUGACAAGAUGUGCGACCGCAAGGCGGUGAUCAAGAAUGCUGACAUGAGCGAGGAGAUGCAGCAGGAUGCUGUGGACUGUGCGACGCAAGCGCUUGAAAAGUUCAACAUUGAAAAGGAUAUUGCUGCAUUCAUCAAGAAGGAAUUCGACAAGAAAUACAACCCAACGUGGCACUGCAUCGUCGGGCGCAACUUCGGCUCGUACGUGACGCACGAAACCCGCCACUUCAUCUACUUCUACCUCGGCCAGGUCGCCAUUCUCCUGUUUAAGAGUGGUUAAACCCCCUCUGCACACUUCGCUCUAAAUUUUUUGUUGUUAGGAUGCAGUAUUACCGGGCCGUCGUGCCUCGCCUCGGGGUCCACUGGGACAGCGGGGGUCGCUUACAUUCCUACCAUCGGGUGCAUGUCAUUAGUUAGCGAGGCGAAGCGCGCAGGCCUGAGUGUAUGUGUGAGAGCUUGUAUGGGCCGCCGGUCGGGCUCCAUCACCCCGCGAGGCACUGUGUAAAUGUACUGUGUUUAGCUUAACUUAAGAAUCAAUAUUGACUUGUGGUAAACAUUCACUUCUAGUGUAUAUUUAUAUUAAAGAAAUUUUAGUUAAUUAUUCCUAGACUUUAGUGUGAAAGUCAUAUGUUAGUACCUAACUAAAUCUAUUGUUUACUUUCUUUGUUGAUACAUUCACUGGAGAUAUUUUCACUACUUCUAUUAUUAAACUUUCUUACAAACCA